AUGAGUAAUCAUAACAAUUCAAGUUUUUUAGAAACUAGUCAAAGAUCUUAGAAAAUAUUAGAUAGAUUUAUGUCUGCCUUAUCAAAUUAAGAUCAAGAUCAAUCAUAUUAUGAUAUGAAAUAAAUUUUAGAUGAAUUGAGUAUUGAUCAAUUUGAAAGAUAAAAAGAAUAAACAGAAGAAAUUAAAAUAAUAUUUACUCCACAUAAAUGUUAAAAGAUAGCUGAGAUUGAAAAAGAAUUAGAAAAUUUAAUGAUUCAAAUUACCAACAUGUAGGUAUGUGAUUCUAUCCUUUAUUAAACAACCUUAUAGAAAAUAAAAUAGGUUAGAAAAGUCAUCACUUAAAUUGUUGACAAGUAUUUUGCUAAUUUAAAGAAUCAAUACAAUUUUGUAGCUAAUGAAUUAGUAUAAAUUCAUUUAGCGCCAAUAAAAUAACAAAUUUUCUAGUUAAGAAAAGAUAUUCCAAAUUAUGAAGAAACACAAUAUAAUGAAGUUCUUGAAAGACAUGAAUAAAUUAAAGAUGAUUUGCAUUAAUUACGCUCACUAUUACCAAAAGAAAUUAAUCUAUAAAUUACAAAUUAAUCAUUAUAUGAUAUUAAAGACUCAUUAUAUAAGCUAAUAUCAUUGAAAUUUAAAGGUAUCCACUUUCUUCAUUAAAAGAUUAAUUUAAAAUAGUUCCAAGUACUUUUAGUGGUUUUAAAUAAUAAAAGAAGAAUUUAUUAACAUUGAAAAGUAAGACUGGACAUUUGAAGUUUUAAGAAUAAUAAAAUAGUAUAUACACAUUUAGGAAUAACACUAUUUAUCAUACUCAUAUAGAUUACAUUGAUAACAUCAAAUAGUAAGAAUUAAUAUUAAACGAUGAUAAUUAUAGACUUAAUUAUUGCAAUUUAAUAAAUACCAAUUAAAGCUUGUAUUUUAUAGGAUAAUUUUAUUAAGAUAUUAAUACUAAAUAAUUCAAAAUAAGUCAAAUGGUAACCAAAUACAACAAAUAAGAAAAUAAAAUAGAAAUGAUGUCAGAAUUACCAAUAAAUAGUUAUGGUGGAUAGGCUAUCAAACAAGGUUAAUUUAUAUAUUAUUGGGGAGGCUAUAUUGUGGUUGAUAAUGUAUAGAUUGGAAACAAGAAAGGUUUCAAGUAUGAAAUAACCAAUUUUAGAUUAGGUACUUAAUUAAUGGGAAUAAGUGGGAAUAAAUUGAAUCAAUGAAAUAUCCAAGAAUUAAAGGGUAGUGUUGUUUACUAGAUGAAAAAAUAUGUAUUACUGGUGGAAUGAUGAAUCAAUAUUAAGGAAAUGCAUUAAUUGAAAUAUUUAGUACAACCUAAUAAAGAUUUCUUGAUCCAAUUGAAUUAGUCAAUUCUUUUGUAUAAUUUAAUUAUUAAUUUUUAUUAGUCUUAUGUACCUUAAAUCCUUGGAUAUUCAUUUCCUAUAUCAAAUUAAGAGAUUUUUAUUAUGGGUGGCUAUAAUCAAUUUGGAAAUGAUGGAAAUGCUUAAUUAAUUAAUUUAUUUUUGAAAACUAUUUAGAAGAAUAGUAAUGGUAUUUAAAGAAUAUAAAAUUUAAAUUGUACAUAACCGAUUGUAUAUAAAAUUAUGUAUUUUAGAUAUUCAAAUAAUAAAUAUACCUUAUCAAUUCUGAAGAUAGAAAAAUAGAAUUCAUCUAAAUUAAUGCAGAUACUUUAUAAGUUAAAAACAUAAUUCCAAUAUAAUGA